GGGCGGGGCGGGGCGGAGGGGCGGAGGGGCGGAGGGCGAGAGGCCGGGCGGGAGAGGGACCCGGAGCGCGGCCGCAGAGUCCGAGCCGAGCCGCCGCCGCCUCCGCCAUGGGGCAGAUCGAGUGGGCCAUGUGGGCCAACGAGCAGGCGCUAGCGUCCGGCCUGAUCCUCAUCACCGGGGGCAUCGUGGCCACUGCUGCCCAGUUCGCCCAGUGGUACUUCGGCGUGUACUCCAUUGCAGCAGGUGUGUUUGUCUGCCUGCUGGAGUACCCCCGGGGGAAGAGGAGAAAGGGCUCCACCAUGGAGAGAUGUGGACAGAAGUAUAUGACGAAGGUGGUGAAGUUGUUUGGGCCGCUCACCAGGAACUACUACGUCCGGGCCUUCCUGCACCUUGGGCUGUCGGUACCUGCGGGCUUCCUGCUUGCCACCAUCCUGGGGACAGCCUGCUUGGCCAUCGCAAGCGGCAUCUACCUGCUGGCGGCCGUCCGUGGUGAGCAGUGGACCCCCAUCGAGCCCAAACCCAAAGAGCGCCCCCAGGUCGGGACCACCAUCAAGCAGCCGCCCAGCAACCCCCCGCCCCGCCCCCCAGCCGAGGCUCGCAAGAAGCUCAGCGAGGAGGAGUCCGCGGCCGCCACAAGUGUCCCCAGCGGCCCCCAGGAAAACCCCAUCCCGGUGACCGAUGAGGUCGUGUGACGGUGUGUGACCAGAGCCUCAAGCCGCUUCCCCAGCGGCCUCACAAUAAAGAAAUGAAAGCUG